UAUGGAGCCCCCUGAAAAGUUUCUCACUUGCUUCGAGUUGUACCACUAGCUAAUAUCUCGGUGCCUGCUUAAUGUUAUUCCUUACUGUCCAAGACUGGUGAACGGUAGUUGGAAGUAAAUAGACGUUUUUGCUCUUAAAAGAAGACAUGUUGGUGAUAGCUAGCUACAGCUAGCUUUAGCGGCUAAUCAGCUAAAGGGGAAUGUGUGGCAACUAACUAGUGCAAUGGAACGCCCGAUUUGGAAUUCGUCGUGAUUUCCUACUGCGAGAAACACUUCUGAGUCAACUAGGACGAAGAUUAUAGCUAAUAUUGAUGUCUAAAACCAACCACUACAAACAGGGAACAAGUCUAAUUUGCCGUUUACGAUACUUUUUGCUAUUAAAGAAGUUGGGAUUGCUGCAAGCGACCUCGAGAGAAACCAAUUGGAGGUCCUUCUUUAUGAGGAGAAGAGGGAAAAGAGCAGUCACCGACCCUGUUUAACGGAAGAGGGGUUUAAAAGUAAAAAGGAAACGAUAGAAGAAAGACCCCUGUGGAUCUCCUUGCUUUCCAUAGGCUACUGUGGUUAAACCAGUUGUAGGACAGACUCACUGUUUUUAACAGUGUGUCUAUACACCAGGAGGGUCCUCAUGCCUCCACCAACUAUGCAGUGAGGGUGAGCUGGCAGUGUGCCCCCUCUCACCAUGCUGGUUCUGGGCAUAGAGCAGGGGAAAGGUGGAGGGGGACGGGGCCGGGCUACUGUGGCCUGGCAGGCCCCAUCCUCAGUGAAGUCUCUAACCCAGGACCCAGGGAGGCCUACUGUGGCCUGGCAGGCCCCCUCCUCAGGGAAGCCUCUAACCCAGGACCCAGGGAGGCCUAUUGUGGCCUGGCAGGCCCCCUCCUCUGGGGAGCCUCUAAUCCAGGACCCAUCAAGGCCUACUCUGGCCUGGCAGGCCCCCUCAGGGAAGCCUCUAACCCAGGACCUAGGGAGGCCAGGCCUCAACAUCAGGCAGAAGAUUUCCCAGUGGGAAGGCCUCUGUCAACCAAACGGUGAUGGGCAAGCCGAAAGGGUCAAAGCGCAUGCACCAGUUGUAUCCCGAUCUCUUUCAGGGGAUGUCCUGGGUAAUGGAGUAUGUAGCGACAGUUUGGGAGGUGGCCCUCACGGCAAAGCCAACCUCUCUAAAGCCAGAAGCCUGGGUUUGGAUUUCAGGGAAAACCUACAAGCACGGUGCGGACACAAGGGCAUUGGCAGAAAGUCGGAUGCCCCUCAGAAUCACUCCUGUUUCAGUAAGACUUCAACCACAAUACCAGUGUCCAAGCCAUUCACAGCGCCUUCGCAAACUCUUACAACAGACACUACAGACAUCUUCCAAGUAGAAAGGAUCAUCCCCACCAAUGGUGAACUGAAGGUGGGUAAUGUGUUGGAAGUUAAGUGGACCAAACCCCUAUGUCUGUCAGUGGAUGACCAUGGAGAGAGCCUGCCACCAGGUAAUUUCUACACCUCAAGGGGCUUCUGGCGGAGGCUGGAGGGAGAUGUGUUGUUCUGGGAGAAGGGAAGAAAUACCUCAGCAGAGCCUCAGAGUGUUGUGGGUCCAGCGACUCGCCCUCCACCAAAACCACAACGGACAUUUCAGUAUCAGGGAGGGGACAGCACCCCAGCAAACUGGGUCCAAUGGGACAGCAGGAUUCCAUCUACCAACCAAUCCAACACCAAGUGCAGUGGCAUAGCCCAAACACCUAGCUUCCCAGCACCCCUGUGUCCUGUCAGCCGUGGCAAUGGGUUUUCCAGACACAGAAAGAACAGGAAGUCCUUUGAGUUUGAGGAUGUGGUGCAGUUGACAGCGCAGCAGGGUACACUGGGAAGUGGGGCCAGGCGCUCCGGCCUGUUCCACGCCUUCUCUGACGACAACAUUUAUGAGGACAUUAUCUCUGGACCCAGAGACAACCCAUAUGAGGAUGUCAAGCUGUCUCCUACUAUGUGUCUCCCCAUCAGGCGUCCCCGACCCUGGAACAUGGCACAGAGAGAGAGCCCUUGCACCCCAAAGCUCCCUCCCAAGCCUCUCACGUUGCGAGUGGAGAGGAAGGAAACACUGGCAGCGACACCACCCACCCCUACCUCCCCUACUGAAGCCCCACACAGAACUGCCUUUCCAAAGCGACCCACAACCACCCACAAAACAUACAGACUGCCUCAGUAUGUCAAUAAGAUUCAUGUGAUCUUUGACGCCAAGCGAGGGCGAAAGAGAGUGAAGAGCCAGGCACAGGGCGGUUCAGCUCGAGGUAUGACUGUUAUUACCCUCGAACUUGUCUACAAGAUGAAGAUGAACUGCUUUCUGUAAAUACCCAGCAAUUCAUGAGAUGCGUUACAUCCCGUCACUGGUACAAAUACAAUACAAAGACACUC